GUGCGUUGGUUGUCUUGUUGUUUGUUUUGUAGGUUGUGUAGGCUAGUGUAGGCUUAGGUUGCUUGAAAAUGGCUAGCGCACUUGAAGAUGUUCAGGUUGACGAUUUCGUCGAGUAUUUUCUUUUUCCUCAGGGAUUGGAAGAACUGUCUUCAAAGGAAGAGGUGGAAGAUUCCUUGAGAAACGUAUUUUCUCUCAUAAGUUGUUGCUCCUCCGAACACAAGCGUGAAUAUAUAUGGCAUAAAGACCCUUUUAACAUUGCGCCUAUCCUUGAGGAUGAAACUGGGUUGUUGCCGCCACACCUUCAUGGUACAACUCACUUUGGGGAUAACAUUGAGGAUGAAUGGUUCAUUGUUUACCUCCUGUUACAAUUAACUAAAGAUGUCGAGGGCCUGGUUGUACGAGUUAUUGAUUCUGAUGGAGAGUUUCUCCUCAUUGAGGCGGCUGACUACUUGCCUCCAUGGGCCGACCCAGAAACAUGUGGCCAAAGGGUUUACUUGUAUCAAGGAGAGGUUCACUUGAUUCCAUACAACGAUCUGAAAAUGAAUGAUUCACCCAAAGUGGUUGCCAUUUCCAGUGCUAUUCAGCUCAUCAGGUCAUCACCUCAGCAGACCCUUGCCCCUCAGCCUAUUCAAGAUGCUAUCUCUGCUCGAAUCGAAGGUUACCCCAACAAAAUUAAAGAGAAUCUACAUAGAACGACAUUGUCUCUUCCUGCCGAAAUAUCUGUCCUACUCAAACACAAUCCAAGUUUAAUUGCACCUGCUGUUCGUGCAUUUUGUGAGCGUGAUCCAAUUGAUAAGAGGGCAUGUCGCAACAUGACACAUUUCCGACCCGAAAACUGUGUUAUGUCCAGUGUAGUGUUUACCCGCUGUCUGUAUGCAAUGCUUUGUCAUGAAAAGAGCAUUCCAGAAAAACGAUCCGGCUGGCAGUUACCUCCUCCAAACUCCCCCACUUUUAAGAUGUAUAAUUUGGGAUACAAAGUGGCGUGUGGAUUUGAAAUUUUGGUUGAUCGUGCUAAAACAUCUGGAAAUUGUAGUGACAGUACUGGAAAUACCCCAUCUGUAGAAAUUAAAGACUUGGCUGAGAGUAGAGGGUGGUCUUUGUAUCUAUCCAGCCUCAGGAAGAAAGAAUAUUUCAAGGGUCUUUUAGAAGGUUCUAAGGAGUACAACGCUCUUCUUGAACAAGCCAAAGAAUUUUAUAUCAACAAUUGCGCAUCCACUUCUAAAAUCAUGCCAGAUUCUUCAGCUGGAAGUGAAAUUUUGUCUCGAUUGCACUCACUCACCUUGGACUUAGAGGCCAUGAAAGAAGAAUCUAAAAAUCUUCCACAGAAUGAUGAUGACUCAUGGCUUGAAAUUGGUCCAGAGGAAGUAGACAAAAUGUUGAAAGAAAGAUAUGGGUCUAUCACAGACAAAUUGAAAAAAAGUGAAGUACCCGACAAAACAGGGUUAGCAACAGCUCUUGGAAACUUUAUGGACUGCAUGUCAGGAGUAGAUGGAGCUGAGUUUCCGAAACAAGGCACUUCCAAGACUUCUGCCAACAACCCCAUAUUUUCAGGAACCAGGAAAAAGUCUGGGAAAAACAGUGAAGAUUCUGAAAUGGCUGCAAGUGACAAUCGACUAAACUUUGACCCAGAAGGAUUUUCCUGUGCAGUUCAGAAUAUAUUAGACUUUGUCAUACCUGAGGACUCCUGGGACUUGAAUUCUGGUUCUGAAGACUCAGAUAUUGGUUCAUAUGAGGAUGAUGGUGAAUUGGAUCUGGAUGAAGUGAAGCCAGGUAAGAAACAACCACCUGAUGCUGAACUGAAACAGUACAUGGAUCAAAUGGAUCGUGAAUUGGCCAACACAACUAUAGCGCAGAGCUUUGAGAAAAAGGAACCAAAAGCUAAACCAGAAAAGAAGAUAAAACCAGGAACAUCUCAAGAUGAAGAUUUGUUUGAGGAUGUUGAAGAUUUCCAGCCGGUUGACAUUGACCUUAAUGCUUUAAAGAAUAUUCUGGAAUCAUUUCAGUCUCAAAUGGGUGCAGCUGGUCCUGCAUCAAAUCUAUUGGGACCAAUGGGAAUCCACCUUGAAAAUAUGUCUCGAAAAACUUCUGAUAACAAUGGGAAGUAGAGCUGUGGUCUUCCUUAUUCUAGAAAUACUAUAGGUGGACUUUGUCCUUCCUCUAUUGGCCUUUUCACAUUCCAGGUGAGGAGUGUCUAGUUGUAAGCGGUAUACUUGUGUUAGGCUUUGUGCAACAAAUUGACUCUAGUCAUCUUUAUUUUUUAUUUUUUUUAUCCAUAUCAGUAAGAUCCAGUGUUGUACGUUAAAUGUGGUGAGGUAUUGUGACCUCUGAAAGUUUGUAAUGUACACUUUCAACACAAACAUAUUUAUAUGUACUAUUAAUAUUUUUACUGUACCUUAUGCCUUAUGUUCCAUGUGCCUCAGCAUUUGUUUUAUUUUUUUACAAUAACUAUCAUUAUUUGUUGGUUACCAAUUGACAAUGGGUCAUUGCAAGUAUUAUAUUCUGUAAAUUUGAA